AUGGCCUACAAAGACGCUGCAGUGGUGCACCUGGAGCAUCAAUCAGGCCAGGGAAUCUCUGCAGACGACGCAGAGUUCUUGUCGAACUUUUCGGAUGAAGCGAAAAAGAAAGUCCUUAGGAAGAUCUUUAUCAUCGAGGGCCUUGCAACCAUUGCCAUGGCCGUCGCUUGUUAUUUCCUCCUUCUGGACUCUCCAUCCUUGUCUCCAGGCUGGCUCACUUUAGAUGAGGUUCGAUAUCUCGAAGUGCGCCAACUAGCCUCCAAUAAUCACAGUGGUCGUCACAAAGGAUUCGACAAGCAGAUAAUCCUCAGCGUCCUUUUAGACUGGAAGAUAUAUCUUCUUAUACUUGCCACCUGGUCCAAUGCUGUUCCCAACUACGCGCUCAAGUUCAGCAUGCCCGAGAUCAUCAAAUCUAUGGGCUACAAGUCAGCCAACGCCCAACUUCUGACCAUCCCCCCAUACGCCGUCGGCGCUGCGUCAGCUUACGGCUUUUCCGUGUUCGCGGAUCGCUUCUCGUGGAGAAUGCCCUUCAUCCUGGCGCCGCAGUGCUCACUUAUAGUCGCAUUCGGAAUAUUAUUUUCCAAGGCCGCCGACAUCGAGAAUAACAUAGCACUGUGCUACUUCGGGAUUUGUCUCGCUUGCUUCGGAAUGUAUCCUAUCCUCCCCGGUGUCAAUGCUUGGAAUGUUUGCAACAUUCCGAAUCCUCACAAGCGCGCCGUGGCCAUUGGUUAUCUAAUUUGCGUGGGUAAUGUGGGUGGAAUAAUUGGGAGCUAUAUUUACAGAGCUGAAGAGAAGCCACGAUACCCUACUGGUUACGGGACUUCACUUGCGUUCGCUGCUACUGGAAUUAUGGCUUGUUUAUCCUUGGAAUUUUGUCUCUGGAGUGCAAACAAAAAGAAAGCUCUCAUGACUGUAUCUGAAAUUGAGGAAAAGUAUACUGAGGACCAGCUUCAAGAGAUGGAGGAGAGGAGCCCUGUGUACAAGUAUAGCUUGUGA